AUGUGUACAGUUGACAUUUGUGGUUGUCUUUUGGGGCAGAGGCGUUCAUUUGUGAUUUUAGUUUGUGAAGUUGCGAUGGGACGUAUGAGGGAUAAACCCGAAAGAGCACCAGAUCUGCGAUUCGACUUCACUGAUAUGUUGUCGGAAUUAAGAAGUGAAUUGGCUUUGAAGCGUAGUGAAGAGGAGCGAAUAACGUGUAAUAUGGAAGAGGUGAUUCAAAAAGCGUCAGUCAGUUCAGGUGGCGUGGAUGUGAGUCGUUCGUUCAAUCUAGCCAUUACACGCUUCAACAAUCAGAUGGCUCUGGUAGAAUCAGACGCAAAACAGUUGGCCAAUAAUCUGAAAAUGAUUUCUGGCCUCGCGGAUAAUAUCUCCGGAAAGGUAUCCUCUCUGGAUGUGGCCAAAGGUCGGGUAGUGGAAUGUCUGCAGAGAGUAAGUGAUUUGAUAGAUCUGCGUAAGUGUGCUGAUGGUGUCAAUUCUGCGAUGCAAGAAGAAGAUUUCGAAUUGGCUGCUCAACAUAUCCAUCGAUUCUUGACUCUUGAUACGGCUGUUUUUCAAAUGGGUGAUCAAUUUGAUACCAGAGAUGCUGGACAGUCGCUGAAGAAGAACUAUGACGUGUUGAGAGAGGCAUUGUCCAGUUUGAAAGCAAUUAUCGAGUCGAAGUUUGAUGAGGCAGUAGCAAGUGGAGAUGUGGCCUCGUUGCAACGCUUCUUCAAACUGUUCCCUCUGAUCAAUGAGCAUUCAUCAGGCAUCACUCGAUUCGCUAAUUACCUUUCACAAGAGAUUCGCAAAAUGGCUGAGUCAAAUUACAAGGUAAUGAUGGCUGGUGGCACAGACGAUAAACGAGUGAACGUGCUUUAUGCAGAUGCGUUGACGAUGCUGUUUGAAGGUAUUGCACGAGAGAUACAGAUUCACGAGCCUUUGAUAGACUCAUUCUAUGGAGCUGACAAGAUGCUGUCACUUAUUGAAAUGCUGCAGGUAGAAUGUGAUAAAGAAGCAGAACGUAUUAUCGCAGCAUUCGUCAAGAAUCGACAGUAUGAGAGUAAAGCGAAAUUGGUGGAUAAAUAUUCAAGAAAUGUUGAUAAAUACACUUCAUCAGAGAGGAUGGAUGCACUUGAGUUAGAUGUGUUGUUAAGUGAGGUGACCGUGAUGCACACAAGAGCUGAGUUGUAUUGGCGAUAUCUGAGAAGACGUCUGAAUGCGGCCAAUGCGAAGACUGAUGAACAAAGAAAAGAGUCGUUAGGUCAAGACUUAUCGGACGAAGAACGUCGUCAGAUGGAAGAAGCAUCUGCGAAGGAGAAAUUAGACAGGGAUCGCAAACUGGAUAAUCUUCUGAAUCGAUCGCUACUCGGAACUAAAAUGCAGGAAUUGUUGGGUCGUUAUAUAUUGAUGGAAGAAUAUUACAUGAAGGAAUCAGUAGCGAAAGCGAUGAAUAUGAGCACAAGAGAGGCGGACUCGCUGACGAGCUCGAUGCUUGACGAUGUGUUCUUUAUUGUUCGCAAAUGCGUACGCAGAUCACUGAGCUCUUCAUCAGUGGAUUGUGUUUGUGCUAUGUUGAAUAAUGGCGCAACUGCACUCGAGUUGGAUUUUUUGAAGUUUAUUUACGCGGAUGUUAAGAAUGGCUAUCCAAGUGUUGGAUGGACAGCUGAAGCUUAUCAGACCGCUCAGACAGCUUACAAUGUGAUUCAGCACGGUAAAACGGUUGCAGAUGCCGGACCCGAGAGGCAGAAAGAAGCGUUCCUGACCGCAGUUAACGACUUGCGUACAUCCGCAGAGUGUAUUCGGACGUUGCGAAGGGGUUUCGUUGAAGACUUUGAAAAACAUCUUACGCAGUUGAGUGACUCGGAGAAAGGUAAACUGGACAAUGCUUUAUCGCAGUUCGAUGAUCUUGUUCGAAAGUUCGACAACUUUGCUAACGUUGGCGUCGAGAAAUUGUGUGCAGCUGCAUUCAGACCGAAACUGAAGACAAGUGCUGAAUUAUAUUUGGACGUUUCUCAUUCGUUGUCCGAACAAGAUCUGAGUGAUUUCGAGGGAGCCGAUCCGUUUAUGGAUGCCUUUAUUGCGUCAUUGGAUAAACAGCUGGCCGUAUUCGAACCAGUUCUGGUGCAGUCCAACUAUCAGGAAUUGUUGUGUUCAGUAUGUGCAGAAGUGAAUCGACAACUGGAACGUGUCAUAUUGAAAAGUGUUUUCAAUCGACUUGGCGCACUGCAACUCGAUCGAGAAUUUCGGGCGUUGACGUCGUACUUGACGAGUAUCGCUGGAUGGGCAUUGCGCGAGAAGUGUAACAGACUGUCACAGAUGGUAGCGUUGAUCAACGUCGAGAGUGUUGAUGAAGCUGUAGACUACUAUCAGCAGCUAGCCGAACACAAUCGUCUGUUGAAUAGCGAUGAAGUUAAGAAGAUACUCUCGCUCAGAAACGAUCUGCCUUAUGAUCAGUUCAAAAAUGCACAAUUCUAG